AUGGAAGACUGCUUGGCAAAGAAAAUGGAAAUCACUGUUUCAGAAGCUGAAAAACGGACUGGGAGGAAUGCCAUGAACAUACAAGAAACAUACACUGCUUACCUCAUUGAGACAAGAGCUGUUGAGCCCCAGAGCGAGGGACAGUGUGCCCCAGUGGAUUCCCUGUGGAGACGUUACAGUGAAUUUGAGCUGUUGAGGAAUUACUUGUCAGUUACUUACCCACAUAUUGUUGUUCCACCUUUGCCAGAAAAACGGGCUGACUUUGUUUGGCAUAAGCUAUCAGCAGAUAACAUGGAUCCGGAUUUCGUGGAAAGAAGAAGAAUUGGUUUGGAAAACUUCUUGUUACGUGUGGCUUCACAUCCUGUACUUUGCCAAGACAAAAUCUUUUAUUCCUUUUUAACACAGGAAGGUGGAUGGAAAGAAAUGGUGAAUGAGACUGGAUUUCAGUUAAAGGCAGAUUCCAGAUUAAAAGCUCUUAAUGCAACAUUCAGAGUGAAAAAUCCAGACAAGAGAUUUACUGAGCUAAAACACUAUAGCGAUGAACUGCAGUCUGUCAUAUCACACCUUCUGCGAGUCAGAGCUAGGGUAGCAGACCGGCUCUACGGUGUCUACAAAGUCCAUGGCAACUAUGGAAGAGUGUUCAGUGAGUGGAGUGCAAUAGAAAAGGAGAUGGGGGAUGGGUUACAGAGUGCUGGCCACCACAUGGAUGUCUAUGCAGCUUCUAUUGAUGACAUACUGGAAGAAGAGGAACACUACGCAGAUCAGCUGAAGGAAUAUCUCUUCUAUGCAGAAGCACUACGGGCAGUUUGCAGGAAACACGAACUAAUGCAAUACGAUUUGGAAAUGGCUGCACAGGACUUGACAUCUAAGAAACAGCAGUGUGAGGAGCUGGCAACAGGAACUGUGAGAACUUUCUCCCUGAAGGGGAUGACCAGCAAGCUGUUUGGGCAGGAAACCCCUGAGCAGAGGGAAGCCAAGAUAAAGGUUCUGGAAGAGCAGAUUCAGGAAGGAGAAGAGCAACUGAAGUCUAAAAAUCUGGAGGGCAGAGACUUUGUGAAAAGUGCCUGGGCUGACAUUGAACGGUUUAAAGAGCAGAAGAAUCACGAUUUGAAGGAGGCACUGAUAAGCUAUGCUGUUAUGCAGAUUAGCAUGUGCAAAAAGGGAAUUCAAGUUUGGACAAAUGCAAAGGAGUGCUUCAGCAAGAUGUGAUUGUCUGGAAAUAAAUUCCUCCUCCAAGUGCCAGGGAAGGGAAGCACAGUGUAUGACACCGAUGUUAAGUUGCUACAUGACUUAUGUGCAAAUCAUGAAAUAAAUCUAAUUGUUAAUAAAGGAUGAAAAGGACAUGUUGUUAAAUGUUUAGCCCUGACUGCCACUUCUGUGGCUUGUUUUAUAUGUGGUAGCAAAUAAUGCAGGGGUAAAAGAGUUACUGAAAACUACAGCUCUGUGUUGGGACAAAGGUAUAGGGAAAGUUAUCCCAGAAAGUAUGAACUGAACUGUUCUGAGAGUUGUGAAACACCAUGCUCAGUGAUGUGUAGAUCACUUCCAGAUGCCCUUCUUUCCAGCCCUUGCUGUUUAGAAUUUUUAAUGCUCAAGGGUACUUUGGUUCUGUAAUGGGGGACACAGUUGUGUUCUUGAGGUCUACACUGUAAGGAGACAAAAAAUGUAAUAUUGUCAUGCCUGGGGUUCAUAUUUAAAUGCCUUUGCAUGUCCAUAGAGAAAUAUGCUUUUCCAGAGUUCAGGUUAAGCAGUCUCAAGCUCCUGAGAUGUUUGAAACUCUCUACAGUAGAGGUGUUGUACAGUGGUUUGAUAACAAUAUUCUGCAUUUACUG